AAUCUCUGCACUGGCACAAGUCCUGUUAAGGUGGUCGGAACGCUCCGAGACCAGAGACUUCAUUCCCCUCGGUCAGUCGAUCCUGCACAUUUUCUAAUCGCUGUGAAGCAGCGAUUUCAUGGAAUACGCCAAGUUCCAGCAGAACAAAACAAGGUCUGGCUCACCAUCAGCAUUAUCAAUAGGAGCAGAUAUGACCAGAUAACCGGACCCGACAUCCAUUUGGGCCUCUUUUCAACCCACUUUCCUCUCGUUUGUAGUCCUGGCGUGCCGACAGGUCUGCUGCUGUACCAAAUCCAGCAUGCCCAUUGGAAAAAGCCGAUUUGUGCGUCUGUACAACAGACUAUUAGAGCAGAGCAUUCUGGUCGAGCACCCUCAAUUUGGCUACUUUCGUCGUUUUUACGUCUCUUGCAUGUCUGGCCCUACCACUCAGCGUCGGCAACUCGAGACUGGACUCGACCAGAGAAUGACGGUCUUCGGGCUCUUGCCGAAUACGAAACCGUUCGGCUUGAUCGCCGAGUUUGGCUGCAGCGUAUCCUCAGCUCUUUGGGCUAA